AUGUCUGUUGUUUUUGUCACUGGAAACGCCGGAAAGCUCCGAGAAACCAACCACAUCCUCGCCCCCACCGGAAUUGAGCUGACUUCACACAAGCUGGACCUUGAAGAGACUCAGGGAACCAUCGAGGAGGUGUCCAUCGCCAAGGCCAAGGCCGCUGCUAAGAUUCUCAACAAGCCCGUUCUGGUCGAGGAUACCGCUCUUGGUUUUGCUGCUCUCAAGGGCCUCCCCGGUGUCUACAUCAAGUGGUUCCUGGACUCUCUUGGACACGAGGGUCUCAACAAAAUGCUCGCUGGCUUCGAGGACAAGUCUGCUACUGCCUGGUGCACUUUUGCCUACUGCGGAGGCCCUGACGAGGAUGUUCUACUGUUCCAGGGUACCUGUGAGGGAACCAUUGUUCCUCCUCGAGGCGAGAACAACUUUGGCUGGAAUGCUGUGUUCGAGCCCAAGGGCUACACCGAGACCUUUGCUGAGAUGAGCGAGGAAACCAAGAACGCCAUCUCUCAUAGAUUCAAGGCCCUAGAGAAGCUCAAGGUCUUUCUUGCCGAGAAGGCAGAGCAGUCCAAGUAG